GUUUUGUAUAGAGAAAAACAUUAAAUUACAAAAAAAUAAUAAAUUAUUAAAAAUAAUUAUUAAAUAUAUAGAAAGUAAAUAAUUUAAAUAAAUAAAAGCAGAACACAAAAAAGUAAAUAAAUAGAAACAUAUGCAUACAUAAAUGGAAACUGAUAACAAAGUGAAAUAGUGCAAUUUUAAAAGCAAAUUGAAAUAAAUUUGUAAAAAAAAAUACAAAAUAGGUGUAAAAUAAUAAUAAGUUUAUUAUAUUAAACAAAUUUUGUAUAAGUUAAUACAAUUUUAGAUAAAUUUUUCUACAACAAAAACCUGCGGUGUCAAGACCAAGAAAAUUGAGUUGAAAUUUUAAAAACAUUAUGAAACGUUUGUGUAAUUCAGCAGCAACAGCAGAUAAUUCGUUAAUCAAAAAGCCCUCAAUACAAGAUUUGAGUAAAGCAACAUGUGAGGAAUCUUUAAAGUUAUCAAAAGAAGAAGAUCCCAUUAGUGAUGUUGAGGAGGAAGUGGAGACAGAAAGUUCCUCAAACACAAUUAACACCCGCCUGGGUAAAUGUGAAGUUUGUGCAGCGCGUGAAGCUGUUUACACUUGUCCCAAAUGUGAGGUUAAAACCUGCUGUCUAGUUUGUGUGCGUAUACACAAAAAGGAGCUGGAAUGUGAUGGUAUACGUGAUCGCACCAAGUUUAUUCCACUCAAACAAAUGACCAAAAUGGAUUUUAUGUCUGACUACUAUUUCCUAGAAGAAUGUACCCGUUAUGUAGAGGAUCGUAAAGUGGAUCAAAUUAAAAAGUAUACACGUUAUAAUCGUGAUUUACCUUUACAUCUAAAUCGUUUACGUAAUGCUGCCAAGGAACGUGAUAUUAUUUUAAAAUUUUUAUUACAAAAUUUUGCUCGCCAUAAAGAAAAUACUACCUAUUAUGAUUGGCGGACGAAGAAAAUUCAUUGGCGUUUGAAAUGGGUUUUUGUUAAUGCGGGUAAUUUAUGUUAUACCGAUGAGAAAUGUUUAGAAGAUGAAUAUUUAAGGGAUUUACUUAAGAAAUAUGUGGACAGAGAUGAGGUAGUAGAGAAUGUUCCGGAGAAAAGAAAGUUGGAGUAUUAUCAAAGUAAAGGAGUACAGAAAUUGAAAGUUUUACUUAAAGCCGAGGGUAUAAAACGCUGUAAAGAUCGUUUUUACUUACUGGAUGUUAAUAAAACAUUAAAGGCCAAUCUCUCAGGGAAAACUUUAGUAGAAUAUCCCUGGAUUUAUGUUAGCUAUGAAGAAGACUGUAAUGGUUUUGAUGUUAUAGAUAGUGAUGAGGAUGUAGAGGCUGAGACUAAAAAACAUGAAACUAAUAUGGAAGAAUAUCGUAAAGAAAUGUUGAUAAAACAAAAAAGAGCAGUAGAUGGUGAUGAAGAAGAUGUAGAUGAAGAGGAGAAAAAUCAAGAAAAAAUGGAAAAGUUGGCUAGUGAAAAAAGAAAACAAGAAAGACAACUUAAACGACAAGAAUAUGAAAAAGUUGCCAGUAAUUUUCUGUUUAGUGAUGAACAACUUAUGGAGGUUUUAUCUUCUUCCUCAGAAGAGGAAGUUUAAUUAAAUUAGUUUUAAGUUUAUUAUAGUUUUUUUUUUAUUAUUAUUUUAUCUAAAAUGUGUCUCAUAAAUAUUUUCUUUAAUUAUCA